GCAGACGCCGCUACUGGGAGACCUCGUCUGGGUUCCCUCCGCCGGACGCCGAUCCCUGCCGCCUAUUCCUCUGCCGUCGCGCCCAGCCUAGGCAUCUGUGGCCAUGGCCAACCCCAGCGUGUACUUCGACAUCGCCGUCGAUAACGAGCCCCUGGGCCGGAUUACUUUCGAGCUCUUUGCAGACAAGGUUCCAAAGACAGCAGAAAACUUCCGUGCUCUGAGCACUGGAGAGAAGGGAUUUGGUUACAAGGGAUCCUGCUUCCACAGAAUCAUUCCUGGGUUCAUGUGCCAGGGUGGUGACUUCACACACCAUAAUGGCACUGGUGGCAAGUCCAUCUAUGGGGAGAAAUUUGCUGAUGAGAACUUCAUCCUGAAGCAUACUGGUCCUGGCAUCUUGUCCAUGGCAAAUGCUGGACCCAACACAAAUGGCUCCCAGUUUUUCAUCUGUACUGCUAAGACUGAUUGGUUGGAUGGCAAGCAUGUGGUCUUUGGCCAAGUGAAAGAAGGCAUGAACAUUGUGGAAGCCAUGGAGUGUUUCAGUUCUCGGGAUGGCAAGACCAGCAAGAAGAUCACUAUCGCUGACUGUGGACAACUCUCAUAAGAUUUUUUGUUUUGUUUUUUGUCUUAACCAUCAAACCAUUCCUGUAGCUGGAGAGAGCACCUCCAAACCCCAUCUGCUCUUAUACCCUGUAAUCCUUGUGCUCUCACUUGCUGCAAUUCUCUUUGGAUUUCAUUUUCCUUUUUCCUUCCACAAGUCUGGCUAGACAACAGAGUUAAGUUUAUGAUUAUGAAAUAAAAACUAAACUUCAA